AAAAUCUUAAACACUACGCUAAUGAGUAAGAAAAAUAUGCUCUGCUGAUAAUUUAAUAAAAUUAGUUUAAAAACAAUUUAAGCCUAACAGGUCUAGCACAACUUCAACUAGUAACUCAUACUUUUAAAUAACAAGUUUUAUAUGAAAUGGAAAUUUCAUUCUCAGGAAAACGUAUUGUAGUUACGGGCGCUGGCCAAGGUAUUGGUAGAGAUAUUGUUAAAAAAUUAGUGGAAUGUAAAGCAAAAGUAAUUGCUGUAAGUCGCACCAAAAGUUAUCUGGAAACGUUAAAACAAGAAUGUCCUGAUAUUGAGAUAAUAGCUGUAGACUUACAAAAUUGGAAUGCCACUCGAGAAGCACUUAGUAAACUAAAAAAUAUUGAUGGACUUGUAAAUAAUGCUGCCAUUGCUAUGUUAAGAGGAUUUUUUGAUAUUACAGAACACGACGUUGAUUUAUCUUUCGAUGUUAAUGUCAAAUCAGUAAUAAAUGUAUCGCAAAUAAUUGCUGCUGAUAUGGUGGCGCGUAAAUCUGGAGGGGCUAUUGUUAACAUAAGUUCACAAGCUGCAUUAGCUGCCUUACGAGAUCAUACAGUAUAUUGUGGUACAAAAGGGGCACUUGAUAGUAUUGCACGAUGUAUGGCAUUAGAAUUAGGACCACACAACAUUCGUGUAAAUUGUGUAAAUCCAACAGUUAUCAUGACCGAAAUGGGAAAACUUGGUUGGUCUGAUCCAGCUAAAGCACAAUCAAUGAUAUCAAAAAUUCCUUUAGGAAGAUUUGGUGAAGUUGACGAAGUUGUGAAUGCAGUAUUAUUUUUAUUGUCGGAUAAAUCUUCAAUGAUCAAUGGUGUUUCUCUUCCAGUAGAUGGUGGAUUUUUGGCAACAUAACUUUUUUAACAAUUUAAUUAUAUUGUAAGAAUUUUAAUUUUCAAUAAAGCCUUGUAAAAAAUUUCAAUUCCCGUUUAACAAGCUUGUAUUAGUUAUAACAUUGACACGCCCACUAGAUCUCUAUAUAAGAUGCCAAGAAUUGAAACUGGUCCCAUGUCAAUAUCACCAUUUGUUCUCGAGAUACGCGAGGCGAAAAUUGAAUUCGAACAUAUAUACAUACAUACAUGUGCACACACGGACAUCCUUUUAAAAACCAUACUAUUAGACUCUAAAGGCCUUGAAACGUUCAACAAUCUGCAAAAUCGGACCCAUUACAAUAACUUCCCACUGGGAGGUUAUUACCUAGAAAUCAACUUACGUUUUCUGAAAUUAAAUUUAUAGAUUCUAAAACGUGGAAAGGUGUUUUAUUUGACAAAAACUGAUACGGAUUUAAU